AUGCCUGCCAAAUCAAACAAUUCCUCCAGUUUGGAGCCCACCACCACAACGGUCACCACUCCAUCUCCCACACCAUCAAUUGCAACUCAAUCCCAGCUACCAGAGCGUUCCCAUUCAAUAGAGUCCCAUCACUCAAAAGCCAAAGCUAAAUUUCUUCAACCCAAACAGGAAUACCCCACAUCCUCGCUCAAUUCUCGCCAUUUUACUUUGAAACGCCAAAAGAGGAUAUCGGAAAAUCGUCCAAUACCCAUGAAAAAACGUACAUCCUCUAUGAGAAAAUCUCGCUCUCUAGAUGCCGAUCGAGCCUAUUCUUUAUCCAGCAUUCAAUCACCGCUGUGGGUUACCCUAACCAAUGCUCGCACCAUAGAAGAACUUUCGAGGGAGCAAAUCUAGUUGGUCGAAAUUCCACAAAAUGUAGCUUUCAAUUGAAUUAAUGUGUAGUCUGUGUGAGCCGCAGCAUUAGCAAAAGCAACUGUAAGGAAUACAUUGAAAUAUUAUUUUAAUUUUUCAAACAACAAUUUUUCGUAAACGCAAUACAAAAAUCAAACGAGUUUCAUAAGCAACAAAGCCUCUUUUCAAUUUGUAUUAUAUGUCUGUUUAUAAAUAUUUGUCUGUAGAGAGAAAAACAUACGAACUAAAUAAUAAAAU